AUGGCCCAGCCCAGACAGAGCCUUGGGUCGGGCUGCUCGUCGGGCCUAACCCAGCGCGGGGGCUACCCGGCUAUGUCUCACCAUGACGUCCCAGCCAAUUCGUACCUCCCCAUGAAACUGGCACGCCGCGAGUCACCCGACAGCGAAACUGCCCAUGGGCUGAUCGCGGAUCAUCCACGGCCCGUAUUGUGUGCGCCCAUGGGCGGCCCAUGCGCAGCCCAUGGGAAUUCCGUUGAGGCAACCGAGCGGGUGUGUACUCCCGGCGCAAUAAGAUUGGCCGAUUCGUAG